GUCACGCCACACACCCACCACUCUCCUACUUGUCCGCCUCUCCGUCGUCUCCCUCUGCGCGCCCCCGCUCCAGGUCAACUCUGCCAUCCACGGGAGAUCGGUCGACCGACCGGCCUAUCAUCCAUGGCGCUCGACGCGGCCCUCGACGUGUGCAGCAAGACGCCGUCGCCGUCGCCGCCGACGGUCGACUCGUCGGCGCGCGGCGGGAGGCGGUCCAAGCGCCGCGCCGGGAGCCCCGCCAGCGACGGCGGAGGAGGAGUCGACGGCAACGACCAGCCCGAGCAGGAGGAGUACCUCGCGCAGUGCCUCCUGAUGCUCUCGCACGGCCUCCCCGGCGACGGGGCCGCGCCGCCUUCGGCGGCGGCGAAGGCGAAGGCGAUCCAGCAGCAGCAUCAGCACGGCCGGUACGAGUGCUCCGUGUGCGGCAAGGUGUACACGUCGUACCAGGCGCUGGGAGGGCACAAGACGAGCCACCGGAAGCCGCCGGUGGUGGCGCCCGCGCCCGCGCCAGCACCAGGAGGCGAGGCCGACGCGUCGUUGUCCGGCGGCACCGCGCACGCGGCUGCGGAGAAGGAGAAGACGCACCGGUGCUCGGUCUGCAAGCGCACGUUCCAGUCGGGCCAGGCUCUGGGCGGGCACAAGCGGCUGCACUACGAGGCCAAGGCCAAGGACGCGGACGCUGUGGCGGCGACGGCCGUGCUGCAGAACUUGGACCUCAACCUGCCGGCCGAGGGCGCGCCGCCGGAGCCCAAGCGGGCGCGGACGAUGCUGCUGCUGGCUUGAUCCAUCCCCGCCGGUCGAUCCAACGGCGGCGAGAUGGGAGUUGGCGCCAAGUGGCGGUCUAGGUUCUUGAUAGAGAGUUGUUUGGUAGGUCGUCCAAUUUCGAUGGUUAUUUGGUUGGUUUCUUUGUUAAUUUUCGGUUUGCGUCGCGUGCCGUCGGCUGCGUCGGUCUCGGUUCGUUCGGUGCUGAUUGUUAUGAUGCACCUUUUUUUCGGUUCAGACUUCCUAGGAAGAUGAUUCAUUUCUCCAUAUUCUGCGACGACGCGGAGCCGCCGGAUUAAGAACCGGACGGCUGAUGCGCGCGGUCUCUCUCUAUUUAGAUAUAGCACCUAU